AUGCUCUACUCUUCCAUCAUCGUCGCCGCCGCGGCUUUCGCCGGCCUCGCCUCUGCGCAGAACUCGACUGGCAGCUACAACACCCCCAUCCCAUGCUGCAGCGUCGACCCCGGCACGGUGCCCCAGGACGACAAGCAGGCGUGGUGCAACGCCAACCAGAACACUUGCGUCUCCGCCUGCGGUGGCCAGUCCUCGGUCGCCAGCCAGGGCAACAACUGCAACUCUCAAACGCUUGAGUUCGACUGCAAGUGCAGGAACGAGACUGAUAUCACCUCUGCGCUGGGGAACUACGAACAGUCCGUCGAGGGCCAGAUGUGCCGUUACUGGUACGACCAGUGUGUCACCGCCAGCGGCUCCGACGCUGCUGCCCGGUUCGAGUGCGAGCAGGCCCGUGACGCCGAGUGCGGUACCGAGAAGUUCGACGCCGCCGCCACGUCUUCAGGCGCCGCUUCCUCUGGCAGCCCCUCGGCCACCAACAGCGGCUCUUCUCCAGACAACACCGGCGAUGCCGCCGCCAGCGGAGCCUCCUCUACCCCCACCGAGGGUGCUGCCGUCCGCAACGCCAUGUACGGCGCACCUGCCCUUGCCGGUGGUCUUUUCGCCCUCUUCGGCUUCGCCUUGUAA